AUCACUACGAAAAGACCGCGAUAAUGACAUAAACUUGUCUCAGUGGACACUGGACACCGGACUCUGCUAGAGCGACUCAUGUUUGUCUCGGUGAAUAAAUACCAUAAUAUUAUCCAUAUUUUAUUUUUACUUCCAAUAAUACAUCAUGUACGAACUUUUAAAUGAUAUUUUGGAAUGCAUCGAAUUUGUGUCUAGAAACGUGUUGUCUAACCUCUCAGAAGCAGUAGAAACAUGGGAUCGAAGCUCACAGUUGUAUGCAGGCAUUGUUGAAAAAAUUAACGUGGCUUGGAGGGCUCCUUUGGAUUCAGAUUUUUUAGAAGAAUUCCCUGAUAUUAGAAAUAAAGUGGCAAAAAAACUUGAAGGGCUUGGAAAUGACCAACUUUCUGUAUUGCGUUUACUUAUUGGACGCAUGUUUAACAUAAAUGAAUGUCUCAAAAUUAAAUUGAAUAAAAUUAACAAUAAACUUGAGCAAAUAUCAUUUGAAGAACAUAAUGAGCUUAAGCAUUCAGUCCGUGAACAUGUCAUGUGGAUAGAAGACUGUUGGACAUGUCUUCAUUGUUUAUAUAUGCAACUUGAUUUUGCAAUGAUGUCAUUAGUUGUAUUAGAUGAAGAAUCAGCAUCAAAUCUAGUCAAAGCAAUUCAACAAGAUGAAAAGGAUAGAUCAACCAUACAAAAAUCACAAAUUUAUAUGCAAAGCUGCUUAAGUUUAAUUAAGUUUAUUUCAAAUAAAACUAAGAUUAAGCAGCUUUGUGUAUAAAUUGUAUUUCCCUUUAUAUUCUUUUUAUCUUGUUCCUAUAAAAUAUAAUGCGAAAAAAAAAAUAAAUAAUUUUCUUAAAGCUCA